AUGAGGGACUUCUACUUGGAUCUUAUGGAGGACGGCCGAGUGAUCACCCCGCGGGACUACCUCGGCUUCUACUUGGAUCACACCGAGGACUGCCGGUUCUGUCUCUCCUUACUCACACCCUCGCCUCACCAUAACCUCCUUCCUCCGCUCCGCCCCCCAUCUCCGCAGGACUUUUACUUGGAUCUCACGGAGGACGGCCGGGUCAUAACCCCGCGGUACUACCUCGAGACGGCGCUGCAGUCCGUGGCCGAAGGUUCUGACUCUGCGCGGGCCAAGAAUCAGGUGGGCUGUGGUUGGGUGUGGUGGGGCGCGGUGGGAUGGGCUAUCCGCGAGUCCAUCCGUUCACUCUUCCCCGACCGCGACUGCUUUUCUCUCGUGCGCCCCAUCAUUGACGAGCGCUUGCUGCAGAAGCUCGACACCCUGCCCGUGAGUGCUGGCGUUUGCUUACGUGCUACUGGUCGCCCCAUCAGUGGCGAGCGCCUGCUGCAGAAGCUCGACCUCUUGCCCAGGGACCAGCUUCGUCCUGAGUUCACGCAGGGGUUAGACGUGUUCACCCAGGCGGUGUUUGCCCGCGCUCGCCCCAAGAGGGUGGGCGGCACAGUCAUGACAGGGUCCAUGCUGGCAGGGCUCACUCAGACAUAUAUCGAGGCACUCAAUAACGGGGCGGUACCCACCAUCCUCAACUCCUGGCUGAGUAUGGAGGAGACAGAGUGUCGCACUGCGUUUAAGGCGGCCCUGGAAGAGUACACAAGGGCUUUUGGCAACCCCACUUCUGCUGAUGCGGUGGGUUUUGUUGCUGGGUUGGAUGGCACCCCGUCUCACUCCGUCCUCUCACUCUGUCCUCUCACUCCCUCCUAUCACUCUGGCGACCUGGUCACGCACCACAACGCAGCACUGCUAGCAGCGGAGACAGCAUUCAGAGAGGAGUUGGCGGGGGAGGGGCGGGCACGGCACAAGUACGAGGAGAAGCUCCGGGAGGAGGCUGGGAAGAGGUUUGAGGCCGUGUUGAAGAGAGGAGCACCAGAGGCGGAGUUGAGGUGCAAGCGGUAUCUGGAAGCCGUGGAGGCCAAGGUCAGGGGGCUCGCCAGGGGGCCUCCCCGGGCGGCAACUGCUGACGCGGUGCGCACGCUAAUCGCUGAGCUGGUGGAGUACGAGUCGUCCAUGUCGGGCUCUGCCAAGUGGCGCUGCUUGUCAGAGUUCCUCAUUUCCAGCUUUCCCUUUCUCCCCACACAGCAUGUGUGGCCUUGUGCUGGACUCGAAACUGCUGACAUACGCUCGUAG